CAUAUCUCUCUGCCCCAGGAAAACUCAGGUCUCUCCGGCUGGGUUGGUAUAGAGAAUACUGUGGCGAAGGGUGACGAAGGGAAGAUGGAAGGAUAUUCUGAAAAUAUCGAUACUUUGCUCGUCUUCGCUGGUCUAUUCUCCGCCAUCCUGUCUGCAUUCGUCGUCCAGACCUACCAGAUGCUCCAGCCGUCAAGCGCCGACCUGACGAACCAACUGCUUACGACGAAUAUUCAGAUGAUCGCUCAAAACAAUCAGAUCCUCAAUUAG